ACUGCAUAUAUAAACUCUCCUAAAUCUCGAAAUUUCUCAAGACAAUCAUUCUGCUCUCUCUAUAGCCUCCGUCUCUUGCUCUCUCGCUCUAACCAAGCAACGACGCUAUGGCACUUCCAAAUCAGCAGACAGUUGAUUACCCAAGCUUUAAGCUUGUAAUUGUUGGUGAUGGUGGAACUGGAAAAACUACAUUUGUGAAGAGGCACAUUACUGGUGAAUUCGAGAAGAAAUAUGAACCCACCAUAGGUGUGGAGGUGCAUCCAUUGGAUUUCUUCACAAAUUGUGGAAAAAUCAGAUUUUAUUGUUGGGAUACUGCUGGCCAAGAAAAAUUUGGUGGUCUUAGGGAUGGUUACUAUAUUCACGGACAAUGUGCUAUUAUCAUGUUUGAUGUAACUGCUAGAUUGACAUACAAAAAUGUGCCCACAUGGCACCGUGAUCUUUGCCGUGUUUGUGAAAACAUUCCCAUUGUUCUUUGCGGGAACAAGGUUGAUGUGAAGAACAGGCAAGUUAAGGCCAAGCAGGUUACCUUUCAUCGGAAGAAGAAUUUGCAGUAUUACGAAAUAUCUGCAAAGAGUAAUUACAACUUUGAGAAGCCUUUCCUCUACCUCGCCAGGAAACUUGCUGGGGAUCCGAACUUGCACUUUGUUGAGUCGCCCGCACUUGCUCCUCCAGAAGUACAAAUUGACUUAGCUGCACAACAGCAGCACGAGGCUGAGCUAAUUGCUGCUGCAAGCCAACCUCUACCAGAUGACGAUGAUGACACCUUUGAGUAAAUCCAUCCAUUGGCCGAUUGGAAUGCACUUCAUAUUUUAGUAGCAGAAAAGCAGCUUUUAUUUUGUGUUGGGUGUCACCAUUUUUUUCAAGUGGGAAGGUGCUUAUGAGUACGUAAGGGAAAAUAUGAAUGAUUGAUGAUGGUCUUUAUGAGAUGUUGAACUAAUUUUGGGUAUUUUUUUACCUGAUUUGUUGUGGGGAAGUAUUUGAAGCCAUAUAAAUUCAUGUCCUUCCUAUUGAGUGUGGAUCUAUGUAUUAAUGGAUCAUUUGAAAUGAAAGGUGUUUUUAAUAUCAGCU